GACACUAUUACAAUCUUCUUAUCUUGUUUCCCUGUGAGGCUGUGAGGAAACAGAGGAUAGCAGCAAAAGCAAUGGCAUCUGCAAGAGAACAAAUGUAUUUGAUGGCAAUCCUCCUUAUAUUCUCCCCUUCAAAAUUAACGUUAUCAAAUGCUGGUGCAGUAACAGGGCAACCAAUUCCACCUGAGUGGCCGCACCAGUUCCACGCGUUUAUGUUCAUGAACGAAAGCGGAAUUCUUCAGAAACUGGACUUGUGGUACGACUGGCCCAACGGCCGAAACUUCAACAUCAUUCAGAAUCAGCUGGACCACGUCGUCUCCUACGACCUCGAAUGGACCAACGGCACCUCCUUCGUCUACACCCUCGACCCUUCCGACCCGACAUGCAAAGUUGUGGACUUUGGAGUGGGUAUUCUCCGACCCAAUUGGCUCGACGGUGCAACCUAUUUGGGUCAGCAACACGUUGAUAACUUCCUCUGCAACGUUUGGGCGAAGGUUGAUUUCAUUGUCUACUACGAGGAGGUCCUCACUCGUAGGCCUGUUAGGUGGGACUUCUCCUCAGGAUACACUGGUCACGUGAUGACAUUUGAGGUUGGUGCAGUGCUUGAGGAUGCAAAUUGGCAGGCUCCAGUGUAUUGUUUUGAUGAGAAUGAGAAGGAAAAGAAUAUCCCCAUUUUGGGAUCUGCUGUUCGUGGUGGUUCUCUUGGGAGUUUGAUGAGAGAGAUACCCACUGGGGAAACUAUGUAAUUAUAUUUUUGAUCCACUAGAUUAGAGUUGCUCAUGCAUCACUGUGUUGGAUAUGAACUAUGAUAGUCUUUGGAAGUUAUGCUAGACCAAGCAUUUUGAAAUUUUAUUGAUCGAAUUUGUUCUUUUAUAUUGGAA